CUCUAAAUCAGGUAGGUAGAUAGAGAAUAUGAUGAGUCUGUCGUCGACCUCCCUUCCCUGGUUUAGCUCUUGCUAGCGUUGGAGCGCGCGUCUGAUCUCGCCUAUGAAGCUAGCGAGCCCCGCUACCCCGACAACGUAUUAUCACAGUCGGUACGCCAACCGGGUCGCUGUUGCGGGCUGUUCCGAUUCAAUCAAUCUUGACGCCGAAACAUAAACUCAAGUGUUCCUACCCGAGCGAUGUUAUCGACUACCUCCGUUCACAUACUCGCUUGCGGACGGCCUUCAGGACGGAGAAAUCAUGUCUCAAUCUCUCUUUAUCGCUCAGACAACAGACCCGGUCCUAGAUUUGCGUGACUUAAGUCUGUUGUCUCAACACACAACGCGUCCUCGAACCUCCCUGUCCGAACAGCAAGAGUCAAUCGACAGUACCCAAGAUGUGCAAGCGACUACACUGUCGCGCAGCAGAAUGGUGAUUCUCAUCACGACCCUCACUGGCAUCACAUUUGUCGGAAGCAUGAGCAGCGGGCUUUCAACUAUCGGACUACCUGUGAUAGCAGCCGAUUUGAGCCUACCAGAUAACCUAUUGAUGUGGCCGGUAUCGGUGUACCAUCUCGCGAACGGAUGCUGCCUGCUUCUAGCAGGAUCAAUGGCAGACCUCAUGGGGAACCGGAUGAUCAAUCUAUUGGGAUGUCUUCUGCUCGCCGCUUUCAUUCUAGGAUGCGGAGUAGCAGAGUCUGGGAUCCAGCUGAUCCUAUUCCGGACCUUCCAAGGCAUCGCAACUUCGAUGUGUCUUCCCACAGCUUUUAGCAUCUUGACACAGACCUUACCAAUGGGCAAGCCAAGGAACAUCGGCUUCGCUUGCCUGGGUCUCGGACAGCCUCUGGGAUUUGCGGUCGGGCUUGUGUUUGGGGGUCUUUUCCAAGGAUCCUCACUAGGUUGGAGAUUCGGUUUCUAUCUUUGCGCCGGCGCUACCGGCACUCUCAUGGUAAUCAACUAUUUCAAACUUCCACCGGAUGCCGCCCGUGAACCCAUCACUUUGCGCAGGCUAAGAGCAGAGAUCGACUGGAUUGGCAUAAUCCUUUCAAGCUCUUGCUUAGGAAUCAUCUCCUAUGUUUUCGCUACUAUCUCUGACGACCCUUCAAAUGUCCACAAGGCUCAGAAUAUCGCCCUGCUUUGCUGCGCGGGCGCCAUGAUUCCCGGGUUUUGGGUCUGGAUGGGCAGGCGCGAACGGGCAGGAAAGCCUGCUUUGAUCCCAAAUUCUCUGUGGAAGAAUACGGCCUUCUCGUCCAUGUGUGUCAUUGUUCUUUUCUCCUGGGCGGUGCUGAACGGCGUGGAAACCAUUCUCAGUCUCUUCUUCCAAGAGGUUCAAGAGCUAUCGGGCUUUCAGUCUGCUCUUCGCUUCCUACCGAAUGUCAUCAUCGGAGUUCUCCUGAACCUGGGGACAGGCCUCCUGGUUCAUCGGGUGCAUGCGAAUCACUUGGUGCUUGUGAGCUCACUGCUCAGCGCUGGGUCUCCAUUGCUCAUGGCUAUCAUCGACCCUCAAUGGUCCUGGUGGUAUUGCGCUUUCUGGGCGGUCCUGCUAAGUCCCCUAUCGGCUGAUGUGAUCUUCACCAUCGCCAACCUGAUAGUCGCGGACGCUUUCACCCCCCAGACGCGAGGCCUGGCGGGUGCGGUCUUCAACACGAUCGCGGAAUUCGGAACCUCUCUCGGACUCACUAUCUUCGCCAUCAUCUCUGCGGGUGUCACGCGGGAUUCUUCGAUUGCGGACAAGCAGUCCCCCGAGGCACUCAUGGUUGGCUACCGCGCCGUCUUCUGGACGUGCUUUGGGCUAAUGCUGGGGGCUUGUGGUGUUGGGUUGUGGGGGUUGCGGAAUGUUGGGCGGAUUGGCUUAAAGACGGAGUGAUGGAUCGGUUGGGAUUAUUCCAGGUUGAGCUCUGUAGCGCCGCAUGUUGGUUGUGACGGAGGCCUAGGGUAGAUGGACGCUGGAACAUCUUUUGUUUCUCCGUUGACAGAUGGCAACGAAACAGCUAUUAUC